CUUGCACCCACGCCGGCGACACAUGGCGGUUCCGAGCCAGCCAACGAGGCGCCUGAGCUUACCAGCGCGUGAUGAAUUCAGGAUUCCAACGAACAAGGACAUCGGCGCGACUUCGCUCGCUCGGGAAGUCGCCCAUGACACCUGUGUCUAUAUGUGCGGAAAUUCCCUCGGCGCUCUGCCCAAACGUUCCGAGGAGUUAGUCAAGGAAGAAUUCGCAGUAUGGGGCACACGUGCAGUCGAAGGCCACUUCGACCACCCGCACGGGCGUGAAUGGAUGAACAUCGCGGACACCGUCCACCCUUUUCUUGCCGAUCUCGUGGGCGCCGAUGCGAGCGAGGUAGCCUGCAUGGGGACCCUGACGGCGAACUUGCACCUCAUGAUGAAUACGUUCUAUAAACCCACGGCUGACCGCUACAAGAUUCUCUGCGAGGCUCAUGCAUUCCCUUCCGAUCAAUAUGCGUUCGCCUCCCAAGCCGCCUUGCACGGUCUUGACCCAGCGGAUGCCGUCCUCCAGCUAUACCCGCGCGCUGGCGAAUUCACCCUCCGCGAGGCCGAUAUACUCGACGUCCUCGAACGCGAGGGGGACAGGAUCGCGUUGGUCCUGUUCAGCGGCGUCCAGUAUUACACCGGCCAAUGGUUCCCGAUGGAAUCGGUCACGAAGAAGGGGCGCGAAAAGGGAUGCAUCGUCGGCUGGGACCUGGCACAUGCUAUCGGCAACGUGCCCAUGAGCCUCCACGACUGGGGUGCCGACUUCGCCGUCUGGUGUUCUUACAAAUACCUCAAUUCGGGCCCGGGAGGUAUCGCGGGCAUAUACAUGCAUAGUCGAUGGAACGAUAAGGUUACCAACUUUGCCGGGUGGUGGGGUCACGAGCCGUCGACUCGCUUCCAGAUGCCACCCGUCUUCUCGCCCAUAGCCGGCGCGCAGGGGUUCCAGCAGUCGAACCCCUCGGUCUUGGCGACGGUGUCGCUCCUCGGAUCACUUCAGGUGUUCCACGACGCGGGUGGCAUCUCGGUUCUCCGGGAACGGAGCGUUCGCCUGACCAAGCUCCUCGAAGACGGACUGAAAUCGAGCAAAUACUUUGUCCCGCCCGAAGAGGCGGCUGCUCGAUAUCCGGCUCUCGUCCCGUCGUCAUCGGCGUCUUCGGCCACGCCUCCUCUAAGUGAGCCAGCCUCUGCCCGACCGUCUUUCACUAUCAUCACGCCUUCCGAUCCGUCGUCUCGCGGGGCGCAGCUCUCGCUCUUGUUCCUGCCGCCCGCGUCCGGCGUGAUGCAGAAGGUGCACGAUGGACUGAAGGCGCGUGGUGUGAUUGGCGACGAACGGAGGCCUGACGUGAUCAGAUUGGCACCCACGCCUCUGUACAAUACGGAGGACGAGGUUCGCAGGACGGUGGAGGUUUUGGAGCAGACGUUGCAGGGCAUUGCUUGACCCACAGUAAUAGCGGACCCUGCUUGCAGAAUGUAACAACAAUAGUUGAUCAACCGCGGUCAGGUCC